CUUAAUGUUUUUCAGGGAACCAGGAGCUCAGAAGCAUGUCGGGGAAGCCCAGGCUUACCUACUGUAAUGGAAGGGGGCGAAUGGAGCCCGUACGAUGGCUGUUGGCUGCAGCCGGUGUGGAGUUUGAAGAAAAUUUUUUGGAAACAAGAGAGCAGUAUGAAAAGUUAAUCAAAGAUGGAGUCCUGAUGUUCCAGCAAGUGCCCCUGGUUGAGAUCGAUGGGAUGAAGAUGGUGCAGACCAGAGCCAUCCUCAGCUACAUAGCAGGGAAAUACAAUCUCUAUGGGAAAGACUUGAAGGAGAGAGCCCUGAUUGACAUGUAUGUGGAAGGAAUAACAGAUCUGAUGCAAAUGAUUUUGAUGUUUCCUUUCUCUCCACCUGAGGCAAAGGAGAAAAAUCUUGACUCAAUUAAGGAGAGGGCAACCAACAGGUACUUCCCAGUCUUUGAAAAGGUUUUGAAACAACAUGGCCAAGACUUUCUCGUGGGCAACAAAUUCAGCUGGGCAGAUGUUCAGCUAAUUGAAGCCAUUUUAGCAGUGGAGGAGAAAAUACCUGCUGUGCUGUCUGGGUUUCCUCAGUUGCAGGCUUUUAAAAUAAGAACCAGCAAUAUGCCUACAAUUAAGAAGUUCCUGCAGCCUGGAAGCCCGAGGAAACCCCCACCAGAUGAACGUUAUGUAGAAACUGUGUUGAAGAUUUUUAAGAAAUGAAUGCCUUGCUACCUUCAGUGAGACCCAAAAUACUGAAAAAAACCAACGAAGCCAAAAACCCAAAUCCUAAACCAAAGGAAGUAGGAAGCUCAGUAAAUUAGUAUUGUUGUAGUUAAAA